AUGCCGGAAACCUCCAAAUCGUCCAAUUACGAAAACCUAAUGCGCGAAUUUCUGCAAUUACAAAGAGAAAAUCGACCACCAUUAACGCAAUAUCCAGAGAAAACAUGGAGUUUCGACCUCAAUCAAACAUUCAGAGAAGAUGAAGCAGAGAAUUUCGUUGAUGAUCUCGAUCAGUUUAAUGAUGAUAACAUUCAAAACUCAAAAGUUCCAGAAAUUCAAAUACAAGAUAUUGAAAAUCAAGGUGUUUUAAAUACAUUAGAAGAUGAAGAUCAAGUUAUUCCGAACACACUAGAUGAAGAAGGACAACCAGUAGAUGAAGACGAAGAUACAAAUCCAAAACCAACAGAUACCACUGGUUUAGAUAUGGAAGGAUCAUUAGUUGGAGUGGAAAGAGACACUUAUCAAGAAAUUUAUGACUUGUACAGUUUACAUGCUUCUACAGUGGGAUUUUCAAUAAGAAAGCAUACAACAAGGUAUCGCUUACACACACGUAUAGUCACAGAGAAAUACUAUGUGUGUUCUUCGGAAGGAAAAAGACAUACUGCUGCAAAGAAGACAAAUAUGGUUCUAAUGGUUGAUGAAGAUAACAAGGAUUUAAAACAAAGAAAACCACGACAAGUCUCCAUUACAAGAACUAACUGCAAGGCAAGCCUAAGAGAAAAAAUGAAUGAUGAUGGAAAAUUUAAGGUGGUGUCACAUGUGUUACAACAUAAUCAUGAACUAACUAGAAAGCAGUGGCAUUAUUUGCAUCGAUCUGAGAGAGAAGUAACAAUAGAAAAGGCAGAAGCAAUUAAAACAAUGAAAUCUGCUGGACUUUCAACAAUGGACACAUAUAAUUACAUGUGUACAGAAGGUAAUGGAGAAGAAAACUUGGGGCAUAGUGUUGUAGAUCACCUCAAUUUCUGCUCAAGACUAAGAAUGGAACAAAUAGAGGCUGGAGAUGCUCAGAAAUUAGUGAACAUUCUGAUCGAAGAACAAAAAGAAGAUCCUAACUUCUAUUUUAGAGUGAAAUUCGACAAAGAAGGCAAUGAAAAAACAGAGUCGUUUGUGUGGUUGCUUGAAACCUUUAAAAAAUCUAUGGAGAAUAGAAUUCCAACCUCCAUAUUCACUUACCAAGACCAGGGUAUGGCUACUGCAAUUGAGCAGGUAUUGCCAGACACAAGGCAUAGGCUAUGCAUAUGGCACUUAGAACAAAAUGCAAUAACACGAUUUGGAGCCCUUAAAAGGGAUAAUGAGUUCAAAAAAAUAUUCAUCAAAUGCUUGAAGGGAUGUGUGACAGAAACAGAAUUUGAAGAAAGAUGGAAAGAAAUGAUACAAAAAUUUGAUUUGGUUAAUCAUGCAUGGUACCAAAGGGUGUACAAUCUAAAGGAAAAGUGGUGUCCAGCACUUAGUAAAGAUUUCUUCUCGGCAGGAAUUCUUUCAUCACAAAGAAGUGAAAGUACGAACCAUGCAGUAGGAUUCAGAGCUAAUAAAUCAACAACACUGACAGAAUUCUAUGGCAUCUUUGUAAGAACCAUAAAAAGAUGGAGAAGUGAUGAGAAGUAUAAUGAGUUUACAUGCAGCAAAUCAAUAGCCUUUACUUCAUUGCCACUAUCCGGAAUGCUAAAGCAUGUUGCUCAGGUUUACACAUUGUCUCUGUUUAGAGACUUUGAAGAGGAAUUUGGCUACUCAAUGGCGACCACAGUACAAAUUCUAGGGAGAACUGAAGAAAACAUUAUUUUUUAUGAAGUAUCUCUAGAAGAAAAGCCAUGGUCUUCCCAACAGGUAAGUUACAUACAUGAGAGCCAAACUAUAUGGUGCACUUGCAAGAAUUUCGAAGCUUCUGGUUGGCUCUGCUAUCACUGCCUCAGAAUUUUACAUCUACAUUCUAUUACAAGAAUUCCAGAGAAGUACAUUAGCAAAAGAUGGACAAAGCUUGCAAAGUCUGAAGUAUGGAAUAGAAUGGAAAAAAAGGAUCCAAAACUCCCAUAUACACCAUGGAGACAUACAAUGAUGAGAAAAUAUUAUAACUUAAUCUUAAAGAGUCAAGAAAAUGAAAAGGCAAGAGCAUUCAUGGAGGAAAACUUCAAAAGCUGUAUGAAAAUGGUGGAAGACUUACUUGCGGCUGAAGCUUUUACAGAGGAGGUUGCUGCAAGUGAUGACAAUUCUAAUGUGGCAGAGAGUGCUCAGAGUAACAAUAAUAUUGCUUCUUCAUCAACAAGUACAACCAUACCCACUAUAUUAGACCCUAAGAGAGCUGUAACAAAGGGAAGAAGUAAGAGAGCAAAAGGAGCACUUGAAAAAGGGAAGAAAUCAAAGCAAAAAGCAUUACCAGAUCCAAAUUCAGAGUUUGGAUCGAAGACACCUACUGUGCGACUUUUUUGA